GCGACAAACGGCUUAUCUUUCCUCAUCUGAUAUAGAGAAGAUGCGGCAACGUUGUGCCACAUCUACACCGCAUCCCAACUCAUAGGUCAAGAAUUUAUGAAUCAAAUCUGGGAAAAGUGGCACCGUCUAAACGUUACUAUGGUAUGGUUUGUGCGUCCACACCAACAGACAGUGCCCGUCGGGCAAACAUAUUCACCACCAGAUCACGAUGGGAAGCGGGACUGAGCGUCGAUGACGUCAGAAGCGAGAAGGCCGCGGACAGCCAAUCUCUGCGACAGCAGUGUGCGAGUGUUCGUAGUGCGGGCAAUGUGUGGCGGCACGGGCGUGGAUCCACGACACUGGCAGGCAUACGAUUCCACAAGUAACACGUCUACCGCACGCUCUGCCUGUUACCGUUGGUUUUGGUCUUCUCGCCCUCCAAGUCAGCAUGGAUAAUAACACGACGAUUUUCCGAUGGAAAAAAGACUUUGAAUGGGACAGAAGAGCAACUCUCCUAUUGAUCGACCAGUACCGCCAGCGCCCUUGUUUGUGGAAUGCGAAGGAUGAGCAGUUCAGGGUCAGAUGUCAGCGUGUGGCUGCGAUUGAGUCGAUCACAGAGGAACUGAAGAAGAGAGGGCUUUCCGUGAACAAAGUCAAAGUUAAGAAUAAAAUCGAAUGUAUUCUCAAUCAGUACAGGCGCGAGCUUCGGAUGCUGAAGAAAUCCAAGACGUCGGUGGAAGGGGACGUGGAUGAGGACACCCACAUCCCCAAAUUAUGGUUUUUCGAUGAACUCGGUUUCCUCAGGGAUGGUGACAAUAAAGGGCAAUCAACGACUGCUUUGGAAUCUCACGUUCCCGACGAUACGUUAGAAGAUUCUGAUUAUGAGGUUUACAACGAUCUCGCACUGACAGAACACGACGACAGCCCUGCAGCCAUCACAACAACAUCGCCCGACUCCCCCGUGCCCGGUAAUUCUCAGAUUAGUGUAACAUCAGCAAUGCCCAACGGACCUUACAUUAAGCAAGAGACGAUCAGAGCUGCAAAGAGGCCCUGCGUCAUUACCGAAAGUCACGAGGUCCUCCAAGAAGCCCUCCAUCAACUGCGGACGCUGUCUCGACCAGAGGACGAUAACGAAAGUGAUUUCGGUAACGUAGUUGCCAACGAUCUCCGUCAGAUGAGCAACAGAAGCAAAAUAUGCGCCCAGAAACUGAUAUCUGAUGUGCUGUUUCUAGGGAAACUGGGCAGGCUUUCCCCUUCCAGUAUGGUUGUUGAAUAAUUGUAACUAAUAUAAGUAACAAGUGUUUUGGUUAUUAAGCGUACAUUAGUCUCAUUUGUCAUAAUUAAAGCAAAAGGAUACAGGUGUAUAUGCAUACCUCCAUAUUGUGUAUUGAUCUGUCAAAAUACAUAUAGGUUUAUGUUUUGCAAAGUUCAAAUAAAGUUUGGUAUAACAGAACAGAACUGUUAGAUAUACUAUACCUGAGAGUGACACCAUUCUACAAAUCACUUAGUUAUCAAGACUAUGGCAUAUGUUUACUUUAAAGAAACUUAUUAUAAUAUUCAUACUUAUGAAAAUUAAAUUAUUCGUUAAUAUCUAACGUAGCUAUCUGGAAU